GCUUGGCCCCUUGUAUAUAAAGCAGAUCCCUGGCUGUGUGCAGACAGAAGAAGAGAGACAGCCUUCUGGGUCUGGAAAGGAGUGAGAACUGGAUCAGGAAUGGCAGAAUGCGGAGAAUGCGGACCCGGCUACGAAACGCCGCUGGAGGCCAUGAAAGGUCCCCGGGAGGAGAUCGUCUACCUUCCUUGUAUCUAUAGGAACACCGGGAUCAAGAAGCCGGACUACUUGGCCACUGUGGAUGUGGACCCCAAAUCCUCCACUUAUUGCAAAGUGAUCCAUCGCCUCCCGAUGCCCAACGUCAACGAUGAGCUGCACCACACCGGAUGGAACGCCUGCAGCAGCUGUUUCGGAGACACCACUAAGAAGCGCAACCGGCUCAUCCUCCCCAGUUUGAUCUCCUCCAGGAUUUACGUGGUCGACACUGGCACUGAUCUGCGGGCGCCGAGGCUCCAUAAGGUUAUCGAGCCCAUUGAUGUCUACUGGAAGUGUAACUUGGCCAACCCUCACACCUCUCAUUGCUUGGGCAAUGGCGAAAUUAUGAUCAGCACCAUGGGGGAUCCUUCCGGCAACGGCAAAGGCGGCUUUGUUCUGCUGGAUGGAGAAACCUUCGAAGUGAAGGGAAACUGGGAAAAGGGACCCAAAGCCCCGCCGCUGGGCUACGACUUCUGGUACCAGCCGAGGCACAACGUCCUGAUGAGCACCGAAUGGGGCGUCCCCAAGUGCCUCGCGUAUGGAUUUAAUCCAGCUGACUUGGAAAAAGGCUGCUAUGGGAAGAGCGUUCAUGUCUGGGACUGGACCACCCAUGAACUCAUCCAGAGCAUCAAUGUGGGGGAGAACUCCAUCCCUUUAGAAAUCCGGUUUCUCCACAAUCCGGACGCCGCAGAAGGGUUUGUUGGCUGCGCCCUCAGCAGUGCCGUCCACCGCAUCUACAAGACCAAGGACGGAACUUGGGCAACGGAGAAAGUGAUCCAGGUACCCAACAAGAAGGUGGAAGGAUGGAUGCUGCCAGAGAUGCCAGGUCUCAUCACGGACAUUUUGAUCUCCCUGGACGAUCGGUACCUGUACUUUAGCAACUGGCUCCAUGGAGACAUCCGCCAAUAUGACAUUACGGACACCCGGAAGCCAAAACUGGUGGGACAGGUGUUUCUAGGAGGCAGCAUAGUCAAAUGUGGUCCUGUCACCGUGAUUGAAGAUCAAGAACUGGACUGUCAACCAGAUCCAUUCAUCAUUAAGGGGAAACGGGUUCAGGGAGGUCCCCAAAUGAUCCAACUGAGCCUGGACGGCAAAAGGCUAUAUGUCAGCACUUCCCUCUACAGCGGAUGGGACAAACAGUUCUACCCCGAUAUGGUCAAGGAAGGCUCCGUUAUGUUGCAGAUCGACGUGGACACCAAGAACGGGGGCUUGAAGGCAAACAAAAAGUUCCUUGUGGAUUUUGGGAAAGAGCCAGAGGGCCCCGCUUUGGCCCACGAGAUCCGCUACCCAGGAGGAGACACCACUUCCGACAUCUGGGUCUGAUGCCACAGAGAUGGGGCACAAAAUAUAGGGACCUCUCCCUCUUUCACAAAUUCCAGGGGUGAAAAAUCGAUGCUCAAAGAGGCCUCUCACCGAAUAUGUUCCAAAAAUUCUCACACUCUCUCAGCCUCAGAGGAAACCAAUGGCAACCAAGCAAUAGAAAGAAAGCCUACAUAAAGUUGGUUAGGACUCUGGAAGAACCGGAUUCGAAUCAUGACUCAGCUAUAGGAAACUUGGGCAAGUUACAUUCUCUCCGUCUCAAGAAUCCUAGAUCUGUAGGGGACCAAAUGCCAUCCGAUCCAACCCUUUGCCAGUAAAUGGCAUGAUAAAAUCCAUUGAAAAAUAUUCCACCAUAAAAGGAGAAAAGCUAAAAUUAGCAAUGGUAGGUAGGAAAAUAAAAAUAUUUCUUCCCAUUUUUGUGGCAAUGACACUAUCCUGCCACACGAGGUCGCAUUUGGAUUUUGGAGAACACCUAUUUGCAUAUGAAAAGAGAUAUUUCACAUAUUUCAUAUUUCACAUGAAAAGAGAUAUUUCAAAUGAUAUGAAUCCAUAUGUCUCCCAACGCAGGAAUUUGGCCAAUAAUGUAUAUAUAAAUACCUUAUGUAGGCUCCAAUGGAAAGUAUUUUGGUGAAGCCAAAGGCUAAAAGGAGAUAUUCUUGCUCUUAGAAACUCCAUAUAACUGAAUGUUUUCUUAUAAUCUGAAGAUUUGGAAUCUAGCCUGCUUUGCGUCACUGUUCUUUUUGCUUCCACUUGAUUCAGGAAAUCACCAUAAUGAUAAUGAUGACAGAGAUAAUGUUUGCUGUCAGUUGUGUGAGCAAUGUUUAAAUAAACUUAAUUCUGGAGAAA